AUGAUCAUCGAAGGUCUAGCUGUCACGUCCGAAGAUUCCCGCAUUGCCAAUGAUAAAGAAUCUCUCAUAAGGUCUUCGUCAGUUUUCUUUUCAUUCAUCCCCCCUCUCUCUCUCUCUCUCUCUCUCUCUCUCUCUCUCUCGCACAAAUGUGCUAAUCUAUCUAUCUAUCUAUCUAUCUAUCUAUCUAUCUAUCUAUCUAUUCAUAUGUAUGUAUGUAUGAAUCUAUCUAUCUAUCUAUCUAUCUAUUCAUAUGUAUGUAUGAAUCUAUCUAUCUCCCUAUCUAUCUAUUCAUAUGUAUGUAUGAAUCUAUCUAUCUAUCUAUCUAUCUAUCUAUCUAUCUAUCUAUUCAUAUGUAUGUAUGUAUGUAUGAAUCUAUCUAUCUAUCUAUCUAUCUAUCAUAUGUAUGUAUGUAUGUAUGAAUCUAUCUAUCUAUCUAUCUAUCUAUCUAUCUAUCUAUCUAUCUAUUCAUAUGUAUGUAUGUAUGUAUGA